UCUCUAUAACUUCAGAUCGAUUAUUAUAAAAAAUUUGGAAUGGUGUGGCUUUGUCACAAUGUAUAUCGCGUCGAAUAAGCAAUUAACAUUCGGAGAGCAGAUGUUGUGUAUUUCUCGAUAGAUAACUUGCAAAUCUACAGAGUAAACUUGAAAUUUCGUUGGACUCGCAGAAAUUCGGGCAGCUUAGUAAAUCAGGAAAGUUACUAGAUCAAGGUGUUCGAGACAUAUAUCUAUGACGUAUACGACAUUCUGUAGUUCCAAAACAUGGAUUUUCUCGGUUACGUUCGUAAUUAAAUGAUUAUUGUUUUUUAGCUUGUUUUGACAAACGAAGCAUUGAGUUUUAUCCGUGUGUUAAGAGAAUCGUGGCGAUUCUGUACAAUGAACGUUUUCUUUGCAGUACGAAAAUAGGGAAUGUGUGUAUGCCUAUAGUAGAUCUGCCAUGAUAGAUCCGAACGCGUCUUCGUCUUAUUCCAAAAAAGUCAGAGAUUGCUAGCAAAAUGCGUGAUUUGUAUUGUCAGGAGAGCUUCUUUAAGUAACAGUACGAAUUGCAGAAUGGUGGUGGAUUGCUUAUCCAUUCAAGGCUCAGCAGCUAUAGUUCGGAAGCAGGAGCGUAGAUUAGGUGGGUCAGUGGGUGCAAAAAUGCAACCUAACAAUGUUGGCGGUGGCGGUGGCAUGACACCCAAAGAACUAUCUGACAACGAUGACCUAGCUACUUCUCUUGUGCUAGAUCCUUACUUGGGGUUUACCACCCAUAAAAUGAACAUCAGGUAUAGGCCAUUGAAAGCAAAUAAAGAUGAACUUCGUAAAAUUAUUUGUGAAUUUAUUCAAACCCAAAAUUAUGAAAAAACGUACAAAAAAUUAAUGGGUGGGGACUGGGGUGCACGACUUCCACACACAAAAUCGAAACAACAGCAGAUAAAUUUGGAGAAACAUAUUUACCGAUAUUUAAGAGUUUUUGACAAGGACUCUGGAUUUGCAAUAGAACCUUGCUAUAGAUAUACUUUAGAAGGUCAAAAGGGUGCAAAAAUUUGUGCUACUCGUAAAUGGUUGAAACAUGAGAAAAUAUCUUGUCUUGUUGGGUGUAUUGCUGAACUUAGUGAAAAGGAGGAAGCAGCAUUACUACAUCCUGGAAAAAAUGAUUUCUCUGUAAUGUUUAGCUGUCGAAAAAAUUGUGCACAGCUAUGGUUAGGUCCAGCAGCAUACAUUAAUCACGAUUGCAGAGCUAACUGCAAGUUCGUAGCAACGGGACGAGAUACAGCUUGCGUUAAGGUUCUUCGUGACAUUGAAGUGGGAGAAGAAAUUACAUGCUUCUAUGGAGAGGAUUUCUUUGGGGAUGGUAAUUGUUAUUGUGAAUGUGAAACUUGUGAGAGGAGAGGAACUGGAGCUUUUGCAAAUCAAAAGCCUGGAGAAGAACUUUCCUCUGGAUAUCGUUUAAGAGAAACAGACAAUCGUAUCAAUCGCACGAAGCAUAGGCAACAACCGAUAUGUCGCAAUAAACAGCAAACCGAUACUGCACUCACAGAACGAAAUGCAGUGCUUAGUAAUGCCGCAAUAGCGCCACAGAGUCUUAGCAUGAAGGAAUUACGAAGAAAAGGAUUAACAAAAUAUGAUGCAGAAUUGUUAAUUGCACAGGGAUGUCGAUUCUCUGAUAUUACUCAGCAGCAGCCUAUAAUAAACAAUGGUGAAAACGUGUUACAAUCAUCUCGACCUCAUCCUUCCGCCAUUUCUAAUUCUGUGACAAGAAAUUUACGAAAUAAACAGCUAAAUAAAUUUGACAAUAACAAUGGUCAUCAAAAUAAUGUCAAAAGUAAUCAAACUCUUAGAGCAUCCAGGCUUCAUAAAAGGACAGAAACCAAAAAGAGUAGAGUUUCUGAAAAAACUAGAUCUCCUUGUUUAAAUGGUUCCAUAGUAAAAAAUAUUGAAGUAGAAGAUAUAAGUCAUCGUAAAGAAGAUUCUGACAGAGUGGAAGUAAAUGGAGAAGAAAUGUAUUCAAGGCUACAUAAGCCUCUUGAGAGUACCUUGGACGAAAAGAUUCACAAUGUUCCCCAUGUUCAAGCCUCUCCUCGCGAUACACCGGAACAAUCAACUUGUUCGAAUUUUCAAAGAGAGUGUUCACCUACAUUUGUCAAAGAUAGCAGAGAAUUGGAUAACAAAUUGACGAACGAAAAAGAAGUAACUGAUAUUACUAUAGAAUCGAACUCUAAUUCGGUAGAUAAUGUUAAUGCUUCCGAUUCUAUACAAAAUCAUUAUAGUACAAAUACCUGUGAUUCAGUUCAGAUAAGUUCUAUACCUGAAACUCGUUUAAAUCAUUUUUGCGAGGUUAGCAACAAAGAAUUAAUUUCGCAAGAAAACUGUCAACCAAGAAGUUAUCGUUACAGUUUAUCCUCAAUGACAAAUUCUGAAGACAUAAAGAAUGUUUCUACACUAGCAAUUGAGUCGGGAAAAUGUGUUAAAAAACUUCUAGAUUUCGAAAAGCAAGAUUGGAACAAAAAGGAAGAAAAUAAUUCCGAGAGUACGCACGAGGAACAUUUUUGCGAAACUAAAGAACAGAAGUCUCCAAUUCAUGUUAAGUCGCCCAAAAAUUUAAAAUUUACCGAAACUGACACAAUUAUCUCUACAUCACUCAAUGGACAGAAAUCUGAUAAGGAAUGCAAAAGACAUAACCUCGAAAAUUCGACAUUGGUCAAGUAUUCGGUAGAAAAUGGAACAGACCAAUUGGAUACGUCUGUCUCGGAUACCGUAAAAUCAUCGAAUAAGAAUGAAUUUAACGACAUAAGUUUUACUAAAGAAAAUUUCAAUGUAGAAAAUAACGAGGAGAACGAUUUUGGAUGUCGUAAUACAGUACUAGCUCAUCAAAAUGAUUUAAUAAUUAAAAACAAUGUAUACAUAGUAAAUGUCGCGAAUUCUUCUGAAAUGAAAUUUGGCAAACCCGAUAUAAUCGAAACUUUAACAACAGAUAUAGAUUCUCGAAUGCGCCCAUGUAAAGAAAGUAAUAAAAAUUUCAGUAUAAUGGCAUCUAAUAUUUACAGUGACACUACCACUCAUAACAAUUUUGAAGGUAGUCGCAAUUUUAUUUUGAAACAACCCGUGCAAAUGGACGAAAUGCCGAACACGAUGUUAAGAUCUCACAAAAGUAGGAAAAAGCUUUUAAGUGAUAAAAAGUCCAUAAAUUCUGGUUCGAAAGAAGAGUUAGGAAUCGCCAUAGAACAGAAAACGUCUGACAAUAUAAUUAGAUCUAUCUCGAAAACUCGUAAAGUUGGAAAAACAAAAAGCAGAUUAACAAGAAAUCAAAAAAGGGAUCGGCAAAAAAUAGCAACCACCGAAAUCGGCGUAGCUGACGAUGAUUCGGGUAUUCAAGGUGAUAUCUACGAAUUUAGUGAAAAAGAAAGCAAUUUGGAGGAUAUUAGAAUACCGUCAAUAAUGCGACGAGGUAAACAAGAAACUCGCCACACAUCCGUACUUGCAAAUCAUUUACAAGAAAUGCAAUACAAUGACGAAUGCAAUAAAACCGAGCCUCCAGUAUUAAUUCCGCAAGAACCAUGGCCACCUGCUAGUUGUAAUCAAAAUCAGUCAGCAGAUUCAGAUGGCAGUAGCCAAUCAAGAGAAAAUUCUGUUGAUAGCGAAAGUCGGAAGAGAUUAUCAACUUAUAAUAACGACAGUGUGCAAAAGUCAACGACUCUCUCAGAGUGUCAAUGGCAAACGAAUAAUUCAAAUUGUCAAGUUUGUCCAACUACUCCAGAAAGAACCGGCAGAUUAAAACUUACACUGCGCAUGAAACGUUCACCAGUUUUAGAAGAUAUCGUGGAAUCAGGCACAAGUCUUAGUGAAGAUAGUUACGAACCUGAAUACGAAGUAUUACGCGUAGAAGGCGUCGAAAGAAGUAGACGUAAAAAAAAACAUAAAACUCGGGAUCGCGAAAGACGGCACAAAAAGCGCGAUUUAAACCUUGACCCUCCUCCGCCACCGAUGAAAAGGUUGCGUUUGAUUUUUGGCAAUGAAACACAUACCAUUGAUUUUCCGCAUUCUUAACAGCUAUAAAUAAUAAUUCAUGGUUUUAUUCAGAACAAAAUUGUAAACACAAUGUAGGUGUGUGAAAACAGGCCUCCUUGUCCUGUAAUAUUAUUGACUUUUUAGAGGUCUCACAAAAGGUAGGAAAAGACUUUUAAGUGAUAAAUGUCGUCAAAAGAUUCAGUAUAGGGUUUCGAGGAUAAAAUUAGCAUCUUUUAUUCUUGCGUUACUCUUUACUGUUUACAAUUUUUCCUUGCCUCUUAUUCUUCUAACAACGAAUGGUUAAAGGCCUAGUAAAGUUUUUCUCAAAGGAAAAAAAAGCAAAAAAAUAUUCGUUAAUUUAUUUGCUAUUCAGUGAAUACUUAUCUAACAAUGUUGUAUAGUUCUAUCCGAAAUAGUUUACACAUAAUUAUUUUAGUACAUCACUCGUUCAUAAUAAAAACUAGCAUCGUAUUUUAUCUUCAUGAUAAUUCACUUCUCCAUUAAUAUUUGUGUGUACAUAAUUUUGAUAGAAGAGACUGGCUUCAUAACCUAUGGUCUUUCAAAACCGUUUUAUUUUUACCAUUAAUAAAUUUAUUUCACUAAACAAUUUUUUACUAAUAAAGUAUUUAUAUCAUACGCAAAAUUUACAUAUAAUAAGGGUAAUGAACAAAUUCAGACGUUGAUGAUGAAUCCUUCCUACAGUUACAAAUCGGGAAGGGAAAUAUUGAGUUGAGCUAUUUCUAAGCACUAUUUCCGUAGAUAAAGAGGACAAAGGAGGAAGAUCCAUACUCUUAUACUAUGUAUAAUAAUAGUAAUUAUUAUGAUAAUUAAAUGAUAAUGAUAAUAAUUAAAUAAUUAAAUUAGUUAAAUACUAGGUAGCACAUAUUAAUUGCUGUUCUCGGAAUGCGUGAUCGAUAUCAUGAAAACAUUGUAAAUACUGCUUAUAUAUAUAUGUGAAUACAUACAUAUAUAUGCUUGUACGUGUAUGUGUAUACAUAUGCAUGUAUACAAGCAAUUUUAUUUCAUCCACGAUCCAUGCAUAUGUAUGUACUUAUACGUGAAAUUCAUUACUAUAUUCUGCAUUUCGAUGUAUUACGAUACCUUGACACCAGAUGAACAAGUACUCACGUUACACAUAAAUAUCGUUUAUCGAAUACAACGGUUGCAAAUAUAGUGGGGGAAUAAUCUUUACUUAGCGUGUCAAGUUAAAGGGGAUUAGUUACAAUAAUAAUAAGAAGUGUAAGCAAGUAAUUAUCUCUUUAACGUGGUUUCUCAUGUUGAAUACAAGGAACGGAACUUUACCGUUAACAGUUUUUUUAUGUCUAGAGAUGUCGUUUCAGUUAUGAAACAAAUUAAAUCGUUGAGGCUUAAAGCUAAGUUGGAGAAGUUGUGCGAUUUUACAAGUAUUCAGAUCUGAGAAGUUUAGUAGGACAAUUUUAUAUUCACUAGUUUGUUUCGUUCACUUUUUCAAAAUAGUUAUCAUCCGUGCUGUACUUCUAAACUUUCACACUUUCCCAACAAAGUAUCAUAAUUAUCAGUUUUGCAAAUCUUACGCGUUUAAUGUGAAUUUUUACUCUGCCAAUAUUGUAACAAGAAAACCAUUAUUUAUUUUGCACGAUCAAUUGGAUUUACAUACUGGAACCAUGAGAAAAACAAUACAUACCAGGACAACUAUUAAGUUGUAAUAGUCACUCAAAUUAUUCAUAUUCCUAGCAACGUUUUCUAUAUACAAUAUACAAUGGGAUAACUUUCAGGAAACAUAUAUUUAAUGACAUUUUCAAUCCCCAUUUUAAUUUGUCGCCUUUUGAAGUGCAUUUCAGCUUUGUAUGUAGAUCGAGACUCGCCAUUAAGUAAAUAUGUAAAACAUUCGAAGAACAUUAUAUAACUCAAGAUUAUACGAGUUGCCAAAGUCAGUUCUAUUGACAUAUUAAAAACGUUUUUGAUAUUUUUGUUUGUCAGUAGUACAAAGCUGAAAAAUACUUUAAAACAUGGUGACUAGUCGAGAGUAAAACAAUGUUCCGGUGAAGUAAGCAGUCGAAAGUUUAUUUUCUCAUUCGUUCGUAUAGUAUAACGUUUCCUUCAUGUAUAUCUAUUGUUAAAUUUUCAUCUAGCAAAAUACGGUCACGGCCGUCGAAACGUGUCGCGGACAAAUUGCUGUACAUUUGUAUUAAAUAUAUGUAUAUCUUUCUCUCUCUU